AUGGAAGUUUUGUACAAAAAAAUUAAAAUACAUUUUGUUAAUCAACACCCUCUUGGAAUAUUUAAAACAUUUCCAGAACAUGAAAAAAUUGUUUAUAUUGGGGGUAUUCAUGUAGAGGAAAAGAAAAUUUUGAUGCAGAAAGUUAAGAAAGAAAAUGACAAAAAGGUAAUUCAAACAAUGUUAAAAAUUUAUGUCUUACGGAUCCAAGUCUCAAUAAAUUCUAGUCUCGAGGAUUCCUAA